CACACCGCGAGGAGUGGAACUAAACAAAGGCGAAGUCGCUCGGCGUUCGUCCGCUUCUCGAUUUUCUCAAUGCGACGAGAAAGUUCUACUAAACCCGCUCCGGAUUACUUGGUUCAAGCCCACCCCCAAAAAAGCUCAUCUAAAAGUCAGCUGUGUUGGCGUCACCUGUUUCGGAGGUAAAACGUUUUGUUUUUGUGUUUGCCAUCGCGCGUCUGUCGCUCCAUUGCGCAACCGAGAAGCAGGCGUCACACCCCGGCCAAGUCCGUCCAGCCUGACCCGGGACGCAACUGCUGCUAUGGCCUCGACGACUCGUCCUUAACGGGACUUGUUGUCCAGCUUCGCCAGGGUCUUCUGGAUCCGCCUGUACCCUCCAGUCCAAGAUGAGCGUGGCCGAGCCCCGUUUGAAGAGAUUACUGGACCGGCCCCAGGAUGCGUCACCCAAAUGUAAAAGGGUCUGUCGGGACCUUCCUUCGCCGCCUCCUCCCGACACAAGCCCAGUGUUUCCCCUUAGUCCAGCUAAAAGUCCCGCCCCUAAGUCCAGUCAGAGCCAAUCCAAAGUCAGGGUUGGGCCUUACUUCCUGUUUGAGCGCUGCGAAGGCGAGGACACGUACAGAGCGGUGCAUUCCACCACACAGCAGCAGUAUACCUGUCAGGUCUUGCCCCUGGCCAACCACCAGGAGAAGUUAGCGGCUUACGCCCGGCUGAGUCGCCACAGCAACAUCUGCGGCAUCCUGGACACGGUGAUUGGGCAGGACGGCGCCUAUCUGUUCCUGCCUGCCCAUCACGGCGACAUGCACGCACACGUGCGCAGCAGCAAGCGCCUCAGUGAGGAUGAAGCGGGGCUCCUGUUUGCGCAGAUGCUGGAGGCUGUGGCGCACUGCCACCGCAACGGUGUGGUGCUGCGGGACGUCAAGCUGCGCCGCUUCGUCUUCACCGACAGAUUCAGGACCCACGUGGCCCUCCUUGGCCUCAAUGACUGUGUCGUCCUCCAGAGCGGCGAAUCCGACUCCCUGUUGGACCGCCACGGCUGCCCCGCCUACGUGGGCCCCGAGCUACUGGCCAGCGGCAAGGCGGCCUACUCGGGCCGCGCUGCCGACGUGUGGAGCCUGGGCGUGUCCCUCUACACCAUGUUGAUGGGACGCUACCCCUUCCAGGACACCCGGCCCGCCGCCCUCUUUGCCAAGAUCCGGCGCGGGGCCUUCAGCCUCCCCGCCUGGCUUUCGCCGCCGGCCAAGUGCUUGAUUGCAUGCAUGCUGCGCAAGUCUCCCGCCGAACGUUUGCGGGCGUCCGAGCUGCUGAUGCACCCGUGGUUGAGCAGUCGCCACGUGCCGCCAGUAGCGCACCACGCCACCACGCAGCGCGGCUCGGGCCGAGGGCCGGAGUGGAGGCACAAGGACGACGAAGGUGACGACCAGGUGGUGCCAACGUGCACCCAAAAGCACUAACAAAACGAUCUCCGACUUGACACUACUCCAGCGUCCUGGAUUACUUGAGCCUCGAGUGCCUUCUGCAACAUCGGCUCGUUUUGAAUCACCAAAAUGCUGUACACAAAAUACUCAUUUGUUGUCUCAAAGUAGGAACAGCUAAGCACCUAAUUUCACAGCCUGAACAAAAUCCCGCGGCCCCCCCCCCAAACAAAAUUGAUUUGCCACAAAAUAGCAGCAAAUUUUCAAGUCAAUGAAUCGCCUCCACUUAUUUCACUAUACUAGUUACAAAGGUGCCACAAGAUUUCCACCUUUAUGAAACUCCUGUACUCACUUCAACAUUGUGCCUUGACAACAAGACGGUGGCAGAGUGUCAUUUUUGUCGAAAUGGAACUCCACAACGGACAUCAACAUUGUUCACUGAUGCCAAAAGAUGGCGGGCAAGCCAAAAUGGUGGGAAAGCAGAAUUUUUGUCUAAAAUUGAAACGUUUCAAUUUACUUCAACAUAACGCUGAUUAUGUAUAAUGUGCACAAUCGAUUUUGUAGUGCUUUUACAAUGUACAGAAAGUAGCUUAUCCACUUUUUAGUAAUUAGGGUGGUCACGGUAAUAAUGCCGAGAAGUAAGCGAUAAGUGAUUCUGAACACAGCCACUGUAGGUGAAAUGCGCCAAGAUUUCACAAGGUGGCGCCAAAUCUCAGUUCGCUAGAAAUGUGCUUUAGCACCAGCUUGUGGCAUCAUUGUACCUUGGAACGAAUUGAUGGGGGAAAGUUUCUUUGUGGCAAAUGCAAAUAAUUAUUAACCUUUGGGGGGGAGGGUGUAAAUUACAGCAUUUUUUUCCUGCUAAGUGUCCACAAUUUGUGCGACAUUCAAAGGCAUGUUUGAAAAUGACAACCUGUCAGUGUUUUGCCAGCCCGCCCCACGAGACUGACAUGUUGUUUACGUUCUGUGGAACUACGCCACAUGCUCCCUUGUCUACCUCAGUUCUUGUCAUUUUGCUUCAUUUCUCCAAGAUAGUCCUUUCUCAUGUUCGCUCCACAUCAUAUCCUGUUGUAAUCCCCGCCAUUUCAUAUGUCCCAUAUUUUGCAGUUUCACAGAUAAUCCACCAAAAAACAGUGAGACCCGUAAUAAAAAGACGUGACAUAAAU